CAGUUGUUUACGCAUUGAGGAAAAUGAGUUUUGGAUACGGUAUUGGCGAUUUCUUGGCUGUUCUGAAGCUGGCCAACGAUGUUCGCAAGCGCUUUUUCAAUGCUCCAGCGCAGUUCAAGGCGAUAUCAGAAGACAUCAAGAGUCUAUCAAAUGUGCUACGGGAUAUCGAUGAUAUUGAACCAAACAACGGCUUAAAUAAAGCACAAAAGGACAGGCUGAAUGAGAUAUCCCAGGGAUGCCACACUGUACUCCAGGAUCUCGAAGGAAUGCUUGACAGGUACCAGGAUAUUGGCAAUGGUGAAAAGAACAUACAAGGACGAUCACGGCGGACGUGGAAGCGACUGAAAUGGGAUACGACUGAGAUCAACGGACUUCAACAGCGAAUUUGCGAGCGAAUUGAUGGAUUCAAUCUGUUUCUCACUGGGCUCAGCGUCCAUGUUAGCCUCGCGACAAAGGAAAUAACUAUCCAGACCAAACACAGCGUGGACCGAGUGCACGAAUACCACGAUGACCAAAAGCGCGAUGAAAUGCUCAACUGGCUCAGUUUGAACACAUACGCAGCUCAGCAAAGUGACCUGUGCAAUCAGCGAGAAGAGGGAACCGGGAAGUGGCUGCUGUCCACAAGUGAGUUCCAGCAAUGGGUCGAUGGCAGGGAACAGAUGCUGUUCUGUCCAGGAAUUCCUGGAGCUGGAAAGACAACCAUCGUAUCUGCCGUCGUCGAUCAUCUGCAUCAGAAGUAUUAUAAUGUGGCG